AUGCUAAAAUUUCUCAAUUUUAAUCUAAUUUUCAGCCUCUCUAAGGUGGUCUUAAGUCAUUAUAUAGGUAACAAAGAGCUAUUAAAUGACUCUGAGGAUGAGGUAUCUAUCGCUACUAGUGAAGUUCUCUCUGAAGCUGACCAGGAUUUACUUGGAUCUCCUUCAAAGCCCCUAGAACAGAGCUCUAAAAUAUUACCACAGAGUAUGGUAAAGAAGAGCUCAACUCUGAAAGUGAAAGAGAAUCAGUCUGCUGCACAGUUACACCCAGAUGUUGAUGGAGGGUAUCAAAUAUCUCCUCAACACAGUAAGACCGACUUCAAGCCUGAUGAUAAGGAGAUGAUCGGCAUUUUACACGGAGAGAUAGACUCCUUAAAAUAAUAUGAUGAACCAGAAGGACAACCUGCUUGAGAAAAUGAACGAUGUUUUUAAAGAGAAGGACUAUAUCAUCAAUGAGCUCAAAAGUCAGCUACACACCUCUUCCUUUGAGGCCAAAAAUUUAACCAAUAAGAAGGAAUUUAGGUACAUUAAGAAACGUUUUCAACCAUCACCAGAAAGGAAUGACUCUGAGACCCAAAGUGACAGAAGUCUUCAUUCGUUAGCUUACCUGAUCCAGAAGACUAAGAAAGAGAACUCCUUGCGAGUCAAGAAGGAGAUUCCAAGCGAUCAAGCUCUUUCUGAUUCAAAUACAGACACUCUAUCUGGGUCUUCCACUACCUCUAUUGUUGGUAAAUGCUAUGAUAAGAGUUGGAAGCCUGGCUACAAUUAUGAGCCCGAAUAUAACUCUGAUGGGUCAGAUGCCUUCUCAAGAGAGGGGGAUUUUAACAACCUUACUCAGCAUGAAGACAUGACUCAUAAAAGCAACCAGGGGGCCUCUAAUGAGCAAAACUCAAGCUACCAUUAUAAUACUAAAGAACCCACAGUUGAUAUUGGAAGUGUCAGUAAGACUCAAUCCCAAGCAAAAAGGAGAAGUGGAAGUAAACCUGGACAAUAUGUACAUAAGAGCGUGUCCCAAGAUGAACAAGCUACUCGAAAGACCACUUUCUCGAUUAAGGAAUUAGAGAAGAAGAGAGAGUGGAUAAAAUAAGAUGAAAAAAUCCUUAAAUGAGAGCAAGCAGCAUAACCUGAACGGAAUCUCCCCUAAUGGCAGUCAAAAGGAACCCAAAGGACUAAGAGAGAAGAAGGAGUUUAAAACACAGAAAAUUACAAACAACAAUCAGAGUAUGAAUAUAGAAUUUAAUCCUACAAAUCCUCAGCUAAUGCAUAAAGGUCAAGCGUACUUCCAAAGACUUCAGAAGACAGCAGCUCCAAGUAAGGAUGCUCGCAGGAUCGGCUAUGAUUAUUUAAACCUGAAGAAAUUUAAUGGUGAUGGGAAGUACCCUCACAGCCGGGUUAGUAGAAGCACUGUUAUAAACUCAAAGACUAAAGAAACAGCUGUGUCUAAUCACUUAGAGUCUCUGAAUAAAAAUCAUUAUGACAUCCCGGUGCAAGAGGAAUAUCACCAAAAUGUAAAAUUUGUUGCUAGUUCUCCAAAAAAUCAGAACUGAGCCAAGAGAAGUGCAAGAGAUCUCAGCACUGGUGUCCAGAGGUUCAGUAACGAGUACUCUCUCAUAAACAGCAAGGAAGAAGUUUAUACACAGAAAGGGCGCUCUUAUCGGAGAAGCAAGUUGCCCCAGAUCAUCGCAAUUGAUCCCAAAUAAAUAUAGGUCAAAACUGAGGAACAUUGAGAGUAAAACUAAUACCGGCUUAAACUUAACUAAUAAAGAAAAGAAAGCAAUUUUAAAGAAGAGAAAGCAGAAGAUUUAUGAGGAUUGAGUUCCAAAAACCCUGGCUCCUUAUAACUCGACUGAGAAGGACUUCCGGAAUGGUGUUAACAACUUGAACUUGCUUGGAAAUGGAUCUUUCGUUGGUGAUAAUAAACAAACUUAUUACUUACAAAGCAAGGAGAUUGAACUCAAUCUAGGAAAAUUUUCACAGAAACUUAAGCAUCGAGAGAAGAAAUCUCUUGGUUAUAAUGAUUUAUCAGUAGAUCAUGCACUGAAGAUGGGCCAUCCGCCUAGCCAAGGAGCUGUUCCUGCUAACAGGAGCUUAGCUCUAAAGGAUAGCUAUGGAAGGAUUAGCUCGAAUGAUGGGAAGAUUUUCCCACCUCUGGCUAGAUACCGACUGUAAUCUUCCACUUAAGUGUAAUCUAUCUAUUAGACAAUUGACUGCUAGUGAGGCUGACCGAUAUGCCUUUUUCUCACCUUCAAUUUU